GUGAGGGCAUCCUGUCUGUAAAUAAAACAAAUGAAACCAGGACACUGUGCAGUAUUAGAGGUGCAGAAGAGGAGGAGGAAAGACCUCAAGAGAGCAGUGAUAGUAGUGUGAAGUUGGUGCAGGAGGCAGUGGGAGGGACUGCUGGUAUUCUGCAUAGGGUUGAAUAUGGGAAGUAUAUAAUCUGCCUCCUUGACACCAUGGACACGAUACUUAUCAUGGUAAAUGAAAACUCGCCCAGUGAAACUAGUUCUGGCAAAGAAACAGAAGCAACUACACGACAGACUUCCAAAAAAGAGAAGAAAAAAGCCCAAGGAAGAGAACAGAGUACAAGAACUCAUACUGGCAGCAACAUGGAAGCAAACACACAAGUAGAACAAACUGUCAGCAAAAUUACUAACAUAGAGAAAAGAAAAAAGGUUGGUCAAACAGCUAAAAAAACUAACAACAAAGAAAAAGAUAACAAAGCCAUAGAAAAACAGCAGACAGUGGAUAAGAAAGCAAGGAGUAGCACAAGAACUGAAUCCUCACGCCAUCAUAAGGCGAUGCAACAGUCUGAGUCAACUGUUGAACAUCCUACAGUGAAAAAGAGGGGACAGAAUAACAGCCGAAAAAGGGAGCACAUCUCAAACGCAGUCAAGUCACCGAAGAGACAAAGGAAUGAGUCAAGCGUGCCCGCCAAGGCUUCUGUUGCAACACACCUGGCCAUAGAUGCCAUGUUGUCACCUGGGCAGAAUAGCGGCAUUGUUCCCAGCAGUGAAGGCAAUGUUGAUCCAGAUGCAGGAACAGAUAAAGUUACAGGUCAGUUUAUGCAGCAUGAACCUCCGAACACUGGUGAAUCACCAAAUCAGCCAAAAAAAGCAUGUGACCUAGAAGUCUCUGACAGAAGUCUUUCUUCCGAUGGGUCAGAGUCAGAGUCACAGUAUGAAGAUGGAUCGCCUACUGAUAGUGAUGAAGAUGACAUGAUUUCAGAAUUUAGUGCAACCCAGAAAAAGAAGAGCUCCCUCCAUCAGACACGAGAAAGGCUGAAAAGAAGGAAUUACAGACCAGAGCACAGAGAGUCAGUGAGCAAAAUUAUAUUUGAUCGUGACGAUGACAUCCUUAUUAUGGAACCGCCCAAGCCUGUGCCCAUGUCAGAAAACAAGAAAGACAACACAAAUUCUGAAAACAGCCAGAUCACAAAGGGGGUGCAGGGCAGACCCUUCAUGGUAUCACCAUAUGUUUCCCUGAAGACCCAAAGAGCCAAUAGGAGAGCUGCAGGUGGACACCAGCAAAGCCUGACCACUAGCAGUUCCUUCAUCCAAGGCCUCAUCAAGAACUCCAUCAUGAAGAAUGUUCCAGAGAUGAUGACUUCGGCCUCAACCAGGGUACCAGUGGACGGUCAAACGGAGGAGGAACCUGACCCUGAGGACAUGUGGGGUCUCCUGCCAGCCCUCCCCCAGCAGUCCUCCAGCUCCCUUGCCGCAAGGGCUGCCAAGACCAGCCUGCAAGAAUCUGGCAUAACGGAGACUGCAGCCACGGCUCCAGAGAGGCCAACAACUGUCACCAGCACCAACAUUAGUGGUGCAGUCAUCACAUCAAAGGCCUCCAAGGUAAUGAGUUUUUGGAUAGAAAGUGAAGAAGAGGAAGAGGAUGAAGACACAGAAGACACAGAGUCACUCUUCAUGCCCACACUCCCCGUGGCCUCACAGCUGAUCCAAGAGAGCACCGUGCUUCCCAGCUACAGCUCCCUUGGCCCCGAGCACUGGAUGUCAGUAGCUAGAGCUAUGCAGAAGCGAAAAAAGAACUCGUUCCUGAGACUUACAUAUCGUAAAAAUGCUGCAUAAGUCUUACGGUAAUCUAAUAUUUAAUAUUAUGUUGUGUGUAGAUUAAUAUUGAUCAGAGGAUUUAAUUUUAAUAAUGUCUAUUUUUUUCACAUUUAGUAUGUAUCGCCUGCCUCCAAGGAGGGCGAUGUUAUUGAUUGUGUGAAU